UUUUUAAAAAUGGGUAGUGGCAUUUGGCCACAAACCCAUUCCAUCCUUAAACAAUUUAUUUUCCUUUUUAUUUGGAUAAUUCCGAUAUUUAUUGCUAGAGUUAUUAUUAGCAAUAAUUCUGAAAGUAUUGAUAAUGUUAAAGAAAAUUUUCCUUCAAAUUUGGAAAAAAAUGUAACUUUGAAAAAUGAUGGGAAUGAUCAGGAGAAAGUUGAAAUUGUUAAUUUUGAUAAAGAUUUAAGUGAAAAAUUAAAAAAAGAAAUAGGUGAAGACGGGAAAGAAAAAGUAAUUGAGGAAAAUGGAAUAACUGAAAAACAUGAUGAAGGAAUUAAAGACAUAAAAGUAAAAGAAGUAAAAGAAAUUCUAAAGAAGGAAGAGCCUAAUGAUAUGGAGAAAGAAAAAAAUGAAAGCAAAAAUGUUGAAGAAGUAAACAAGCAAAACCAAAAUUUAGAAAACAAAACAAAUCAAACAAUUCCCCAAUCACCAAUUCAAAAAAGUGGAAAAGAAACCCUUGAAAAUGAUCAAGAAAUCGUUUCUCAUAUUGAAAAUUUAAAUAAAAAAAUGAAAGAAAAUAUUGAAGAAUUGUCAGAGUUAAUGAAGGGUAAACCAAAAAAUGAAGAAUUAAACAAGUAUUUAGGGCAAUUUGAAAUGAUACAGGGAGAUUUACAAGAAGAUGAAGAGGAGGAAGAAGAUAUUGAGGAAGAAAAUGAAGUUGGGGAAAUAAAGGAAGAAAGCACAAAUGAAGAUAAAAAUGGAAAGGUGGAUGAAAAAGAAGAUUUGGAUAAAAAUAAAUUAAAUGAUUCGAAACAAUUGGAAGUUUUGAAAGAAAAGGAAGAAGAAUUUGAAAAGAAAAAGUUGGAAAAAGAAAAUGAAAAAACAUUAAAACAAUAUCAAACAGAAAAUACAAAAAAUAAUCAAAUUGAAACACCAAUAGAAAAACAGGUGGAUAAUGAACAGAAAAUUAUUGAGAAGGAAAUUAAAGCUGAAAAACCAAAAGAUGAAAAUAAAGAAGGUUUAGAAGAAGUUACAAAACCAGAAGAUGAGAAAAUAAAUGAAACAAAAGAAGAAUUAAAGGAGAUAAAUGAAAAAGAAAAAUUAGAGAAUAAAAAGGGUAAAGAAGAAUUUGAAAAAAUAGAUUUAAAACAAAAUCAAACAGAAAAUUCUGAAAAUUCAAAAUUUGAAGAAAUUAAGAAAAGACUUGAAGAAAUUGAAAAAGAAAAGAAGGAAUUAGAAGAACAAAUUGAAAAAAUGAAGGAAAAGGAAGGAAAUAAAAAAGAAGGAAAAAUUGAAGAGAAAGAAGAAGAAAAUAAGGGAGAGAAAGAACAAGUAAAUGAUGAUAAAAUAAAUAAAAGUCCUCAAAAAAUUAACAAUUCUAUUCCAAAUUCACAAGAAAGGGAUAAAUUAUGGAGAAAAAUUUGGAAAUCAUUGCGUAAACAACAAAAGAAAAAAUUGGUUUGGAAAGCACUAGAAAAUCGUAAAAAGCAAGGAAAUGUUGGGGGUAAUAAAACAGAAAAUUCUGGAAAUCCAAAAUUAGAAAAUCCAAAAAAAGAUGUUGAAAAAGACAAUAAAGAAUUGGAAAAAGAAAAUAUUAAAUUAAAAGAAGAUGAGAAAAUAAUCAAAAAAGAAGAAAAUAAAAAUGAAAAAAACAAAGAAAAUCCAAAAAUAUUAAAAGAAGAAAAGAAGGAAAAAAAGGAAGUUUUGAAACAAAAAUUGAAUGAGGAUGUAAAGAUUAUUGAAGAGAAGAAGAAUGAUAAAGAAGGAAAAUUAUUAUUAAAUGACAAUAAUAUAGGAAAAGAUAAUCUUACGAUGAAGGAAAAAGAUAAACAGGAAAAUGAUAAAAUUAAAAUGGCAAAUAAAGAAGUAAAAACAAAGGAAACAAAAAAAGAAGAAACAAAACAAAAAGAAGCUGCAAAUGAUGUGAAAAAAGAAAAAUUGAAAGAAGAUGAUAAAAAUACAAAAACAGAAAAAGCAAUUACUGACAAAAAAGAAUUAAAUAAUGAAAGCAAAACAAAAAAGGAAGAAUUAAAUGGAAAAGAAAAUGGAAAAGAAAAAAAUAAUUUGAAAGAAAAAUUGGUAAAUAAAGGUAAAAAGGAAGAAAAAGAAGCAACAAAAGAUGGCCAAAAAUUAUUAGAUAAAACAGUGAAGACAACAACAAAAGUUUUGGAUAAAGAAGUUGAAAAGAAGAAAAUUGAAGAACAAAAACUAAUGAAGAAAGAAGAAGAAAAGAAGGGUAAAAAGAAAAAAAUAACCACCAACACCAACAACAACAACAAAUUACCAAAACAAAACAAGAAAGGAAAGAAACAAACAAAACAUAGCAGUAGUGAUGAAGAUGACGAUGAUUCUGAAGAACAUAUUCCUUAUAAACAAGCAUUAGCUGAUUUUUGA